UGUAUUUUACUUAAUUAGAUGUCGAUUUGGUUUCAAUUUCAUGUUUUUUGUUGUUUCGAACGGUGAGUGACUGUGGGUUUUGAGCUUGGUUGGGGAGGAGGCGGAGGAAAUGGAGCUCGAAUAUGAGCGUAGGGGCUAGUUUAAAUUUCGUGUUUUCUGUUGUUUAUCUGAUAAGUGGAAUUGUUGUUCUUUCUUUUUUCACUGGGCUGCCUGAAAAGUCGGGGAAAUGAAGAGGGGAAAAAAAAUCAUGUUUUGGGUGUUUAGGACUUGAGGUUUCUCAGUAUGUGUUGUCCUGAAAGUGGGGGAAGGGAAGAGGAGACAAAGUUUUUUGUUGUGUUGUUUUGGUUGAUGAGAAACAGGAUAUUUUAUGUUUGGUUGCUGAGACAUGGAGAAAAAGAAGAAAAGUAAAGUUUCUCUAAAAAAUUGUUUUUUUUUUUUUUGUGAGAAUUUUUGUUUAAUUGCCGAGAAAGUUGAAGAAAAGAAGCGAACUGUUUAAUUCUAGUUCCAAUGUCUAAUUUAGACUAUUUGGAAAGAGAGAAAUAUAAGAUCUUUUGAGAAUGUGGAACUCUCCCUCCAAAGACUGAAAUACUUGUUUUUGUGUAACUUGUUAACUUGGACCAAUCUGUUUAUGGGAGAAAGAUCGAUGUCCAUAGUAGAUUUCAUUGAUUGGUUGGGGUUGGUUUGAGGGAUGGAGUAUCUUUUUGUUCUCUUCAGUUUUUUUGGCGCUUUUUGGUUGCCGCUAUAUACAUUGUGUAUACCUUGGUGCAGAUAAAAAAAAAUGUCUUGGUUGACAACAAAGUUGGGCUUUUAUGUUUGGUUGCCAAGAAUGUGGAGGGAAUCUUGAAAAAUUUUAGAUAUCGUUCACUCUGUGCCCAAAGGCCCUCGUGGCUUUAAAAUGUGUCCAAAUGAUUAAGAGGAAUCCAUACAUUUAUAGUGCUAUGAACCUUUUCCCUAUCCAAUGUGGGAUAUCUAAAUCACCCUUAAUAUAGAUACAACAUCUUUGUCAUGUCCCACAAGAUUGUGGGGUUAAACAAAUAAACAUCCUUUAUAGGGCCAAACGAUCUCCUACAUUGGGGUGAGGAUUUGACUUUGAUACCAUUUAUAAUAGUAUACUCGCAAACAUGUAGAUAUUGCCCAUUUUAAGCCCGAGGAACCCUCACGGCCUAAAAUACAUCUACGUGGUUAAGAGGAAUCCAUACAUAUAUAGCGUCGAAAACUUUUUCUCUUAUCGAAUGUUUAUCAUGUUGGAUAUUACAAGGGCCUCUUGGGCUCAGAGUGGAUAAUUUCAUUAAAACCGGACUAUUACAAAUAGUAUCAUAGUUGAAAUAUAUGUAUGGACCCCUCUUAACUAUGUAGGUGUGUUUUAAAGUCGUGAGAGCCCUUUGGACUUAGAGUGGACAAUAUACACACGAUUGAAAGCAAACCAUUAUAAAUUGUAUUAGAAAUGAACCCUAACCUCGAUGUGGAAGUUUGUUUGCUCCCCUUUCCCCCAUUGCAAUCUUAUAGGACAUGAUGAGGGAUGUUGUGUCUAAAUGGGGGGAAGGGGAGGUUGUUGAUUGUAUUAUUCUACAUUGGAUAGAGGAAAAAGUUUUUGGUGUUAUAUAUAUAUAUAUGUGUGUAUGUGUGUGUGUGUAUGAACUUCUCUUAAUCAUGUAGAUGUAUUUUAAAGUCAUGAAGGUCCCUUUGGCCCAGAGCAAACAAUAUCUAUAUGGUUAAGAAAAGGUCACCACACAUUCGGCCAUUGCAAACAUUGAAAUGGGAAUAAUAUGCCCUUGAAUAUCAGCCUCUCCGAAGUAUAGGAGGGGAAAUCACAAAAAGCAUCCCCUUUCCUAGGUACUAAGAAUUAGAUAAUGGACCCAUUUUUAGUCACCCUUUCCGGCCUACAAAAUGAGGUUACUACAUACUCAGGUGAGCCAGAUUUGAGAAAAAGAUGUUGGGGUCACUCUUUGCAAAGACUUCUCUGAAACCAAGCGCCCUUCACCUUUUCCAAUUCAAUCUACAGAGAGGUCUACAUAGUAGAAAUAAGAAGGCUGCGGAGUUCUUAGCACAAGGGUUUAGUGCUAUAAAGGAAGUUGACAGGGUCAUGGAUAAAUCAGAGCCCAAUAGCCGCCUUCUCAUACCUCUCCUCAGGAAAGCAAAGGAAAACUUUGAGUUAGCUCUGGAGGCUGACAACUCAAACGCCCAUGCUAGGUAUUGGUUGUCCAAAUUGCAUCUCAAGUACCAUGUCCCAGGGGCAUGCAAAGCUAUUGGAGCUGCUUUGUUAGUGGAAGCUGCAGAUAUGGGUGAUGCUGAAGCACAGUAUGAAUUGGGUCGUCGUCUAAGAUAUGAGAAUGAAUAUGUUCAGUCAGGACAACAAGCUUUCUAUUACUUGGAGAAGGCUGCUGACCAGUUGCAUACAGGUGCUCUUUACCUUCUAGCUGCUAUAUAUUUGACUGGGGAUGGCCUGAAGAAGGAUAUGGCCUCAGCAUUAUGGUGUUUCCAUAAAGCAUCGGAGAGGGGACAUGCUGGCGCAGCUAUAGUAUAUGGAUCUCUUCUUCUCAGAGGUGUUCAAUUACCAGAAUCUGUAACAAAAUUGUACAAAACAGCAAGCAAGAGUUCAGGAAGUGCUGUGCUAGAUCCAGUAGAGAUGGCAAAAGAACAGUUUCAGAUUGCUGCAAAAGCAGGGUGUGAGCUUGGAUUCAAAUGGCUGCAAAGACUUGAGGAGGAAGAGAAGCGUUUACUGACCGAAUGACACAUCAACCACAUGCCUCUACAGAUAUUCUCCCUCUUUUCUGAAUGCCAAGAGAAAAGAAAAAAAGAAAAAAGUAUGAGCUCAGGAUCAAUUAAAGAGUGAAGUUACCAUUUCUGAUCAGAAUUCAAAAAUUGCUUUACCUUGUAUUGAGAAUAACUGCUAGGUAUUAGCAACAGGACUUUGAUUCAUAAACCUACGAUUUUCCAUGUAAAAUGCAAGAGUUGAAGGGUUUGGGUGUGGGGCAACCUAGAAAUAGACCAGACCACCCAAGACAGACACUAAUGGAAAAAGUUGAUUGCAGGACUGACUGGGCAAAGGUCCCUAGCCUUUCCCCUAUCGUUAAUAGUGUAAAUGGGAAAAGCCAAGGGCCCUUACUCAAUAUUCACUUCGUCAUGCUCUGGAAAGAUUUACGUUGAACUCUGCCAUUAUGCCAUUCAAAUGUCUUUUCUUACAAAAA